UAAGACCAGAAGAUUCCAAGAACAAUUCAUAUUAAAUCUUCGAGCUUUUUUUUGGGGAAUUUGAGUGGCAGCCGGCAGGGACCUAUCUCCGACAAUGGGUAUCUACCAGCUAAGAUACCCAUGGUCUAAAUUGGCCAGCUCAUCAUCUCGGUCACCGCAUUCCCUCUGCCCGAACUGCCCGCCCCAUUCUCAUAGUCAUGGCUGCUCAGACACGCGGCAGGGCUCUAGAAAUUGUAUUCUAAGCUUCGGCUGUCCCCUUUCCUCAACCUAAGAAAUCAAGAAGAAACACAGAAGACGAAAAAACGGCUACAAAACUCACAGUCAUCAGCUUCAGCAGACAGAAUUCCCGCUUUCCAGAAAGCAGAAGCUAUUGGAGUACUGAGACGACUCUGAAUUGUCUGCCAAAAUGGGGGCCAAAAGUACAUGUUAUGUUUCACGUGGUGUUCACUACAACCCGAUGACUUCUUCUGUCCACGAUUAUUCUGAUAAUGGUGAGGCUGAUAAGCUGCAAAAGUACUCUGAAUCUCAGAAUCAUUCUUCAUCAGUCAUUAAUGGACUAAAUCAACCCAGCAUCACAGCCUCAAAUCAGUAUUUAACACCUCUACAAGUUGGAGCAGGACAUGCUUUGGCACCCCCUGCUUAUCCAUAUCCAGAUCCUUAUUAUAGAAGCAUCUUUUCUCCUUAUGAUGCUCAACCGUGUCCUCCACAGCCCUAUGGUGGGCAACCUAUGGUUCAUCUGCAGUUGAUGGGAAUUCAGCAAGCUGGUGUUCCUUUGCCAACAGAUGCAGUUGAGGAGCCUGUUUUUGUGAAUGCUAAGCAGUAUCAUGGCAUUUUGCGACGUAGACAGUCCCGUGCAAAGGCUGAAUCAGAAAAUAAAGCUCUGAAGUCUAGGAAGCCAUACUUGCAUGAAUCUCGACAUUUGCAUGCAUUGAGGAGAGCUAGGGGUUGUGGUGGACGGUUUCUCAAAUCAAAUAAAAAUGAGAAUCAACAAAAUGAAGUGGCGUCAGGUGAUAAAUCACAUCCCAAUAUAAAUCUUAAUUCUGAUAGAAGUGAUCUAGCUUCUUCAGAGAACUGAUGCCUGAGGCAUUGUUGGUGAAUGAUGAACAGCGCAUGCCAGCAAUUGUAAGGAAAUUGAAGUCCCAAUACCAGCUUCAGUUGUGUUAGUAAUACUUCAUCCUUAGUCUAUACUAGCAGCCUUGUAGCAUAUAGGUUUCAGUAGCUGUUACUUAGGGAGGAUCCAAAAUGCAGCAGGCAAAAGUAUGCAGGAUAAUUCGUCGUAAAUACUGAAGUGAGUAAGCUGAUUGUUCUAUUUAUGUUUCUCCCCAUCUCAAGAAUAAGUGAAGUGGUAGCUUUUGGUUGUAAUGAUCCCCAAGAACAUAAUUCAUCGUAAACACUUUUCCUUUGCCAUUUUAGCUGUUAUGAUCCCCAAGAACAUAUUGUACAUUGGUAGGUUUUGGUCUUAUACAGCAUCUCCAUAUCAGUCUUGGGGAAGUUUUGAACUUGUAAAUAACGAGAAGGUGAAUUGGUAUCUUUUGUUUAUAGUACACACUGCAGGAAACUAACCUGAA